AUGAUGUUUCGUAUGUUUGUUGUAAAUAUUUUGUUUUUAACAAAUAUUUAUUCGUAUGAAUUACCUUUCUCAACGUUGGGUAAUUCAAUAAUUGAUGCCAAUGGAGCCGUCGUUCGAAUGAGAUGUGUCAAUUGGCCAGGAAGUAUGGAGACUUUAAUGCCAGAAGGUUUGCAACAUAAUUCAAUCGAUAAUAUUGUUUUAAUUAUAAAACAAAUGAAUAUGACUUGUGUACGUUUAACAUAUUCAAUUGAUGUAACACGGUCAUCAGAUCUAACUGUUUAUCAAUCGUUAUCAAGACUUAAUUUAACUUUUGCUCUACAAGGUUUUAUGAAUAAUAAUCCGUCACUUAUUAACAGUACUGUUUCAAAUAUAUUUAAUACUGUUUUGGAUACGCUUGGAAAAUAUAAUAUUUUAGUUCUAUUGGAUAAUCAUGUUAGUAAAGCUAUGUGGUGUUGUAGUGAUUUUGAUGGAAACGGUUUUUGGGGUGAUCGUUACUUUGAUGUUGAACAAUGGAUAGAUGGUUUAAAAUUUAUGGCCAACAAAACGAUUGAUCGUCCGUAUGUGAUUGCAAUGAGUUUACGAAAUGAAUUACGUGGCGUUAGACAAAAUCAACCCCACUGGUAUCACAAUGUUGUACGUGCUAUUCUUGAAGCAAUAUCAUUUGUCAAUCCUCGACUUUUAAUAGUUAUUUCUGGUUUAAAUUAUGAUCUUAAUCUAUCGUUUAUUCGAUCACUACCUGUGCAAAAUCUUGUACCAAUAUCUAUACAAAAGAAAAUUGUCUAUGAAGCACAUUGGUAUUCGUGGUCUUAUUAUGGUCUUUUAAGUGAUUGUAAUCAUAUAAAAGAUACUAUUGAAAAUGCAUGGGGUUAUAUUUUAGAAUCUAAUUAUUCUUAUACAGCUCCUGUUUGGCUAACAGAAUUCGGUACGAAUGUUGAUCAAUUUCAAGGUGACGAUGAAUUUAUUGAUUGUGUAAAAGGAUUUCUUCAAACGCCCUUAACUCAAACUAUGUCUUGGUCCUAUUGGGUAUUAGCUGGUAGUUAUUAUAUUCGAUCUGGUACAGCUGAAUCACACGAAUCAUUUGGUUUGUUAACUGAUGAUUGGAAAAAUAUUAAAUCAAAAGCAUUUAUCGAUAUUCUUUUAACUUUGUAA